CGUAAUAUUGAUCAAAAUUUUAAUCUCAUUUGCAUAGAAAAAUCAAAUGCUUUCUCUCUCGUCCAUCCUGUAUAUAAACUAAGCGCAUGGAUUUCAUUUUCUAUUUCCAGCUGCCUCAAGACCCAUUCCUUUCUCUGUCUUUUGCUCUCGCUUUCUCUUUGUAUUUGCAACAAUGAAACCCCGAGGUCCUGCCAAAGUCUCUGUCAAAUGGAUUCCAAUCCUCUGCGUCUUUUGCUUCGUCCUUGGAAUUCUCUUCUCCAACAGAGCGUGGGAUCCACCCGAAUCAAACGGUCAGCUGAUAGCUCAGCGUCGACAUGACCAAGAGCUACAAGUCGUAUCUGAAGAUUCAACAGCUCAAAAGAAGGUUUCGCAUGAUGAAGAUGUAAUGGACGAAGUUUUGAAAACGCAUGAAGCAAUUCAGCGUACCAGAUCGCUAGAUAAGUCAAUUGCAAUGCUUGAAAUGCAAUUAGCUGCAUCUAGAAGUUCACAGGAGAUGAGCGUAGACCGCUCCGCUUCCUUGUCUACGUUGCCUCGUGAGAGCCCACCCAGGCAAAAAGUGUUCAUGGUUAUUGGGAUUAAUACAGCUUUUAGUAGUAGAAAGAGGCGUGAUUCUGUUAGAGAGACUUGGAUGCCUCAAGGAGAUAAGCUUCUCCAAUUGGAGCGUGAGAAGGGGAUUGUUAUUCGCUUCAUGAUUGGCCAUAGUGCAACAUCAAACAGCAUUUUAGAUAGAGCUAUUGAUUCAGAAGAUUCUCAGCAUAAGGAUUUCCUUAGGCUGGAGCAUGUUGAAGGAUAUCAUGAAUUGUCUGCAAAGACAAAAAUUUUCUUUUCUACUGCAGUUGCUAAGUGGGAUGCUGAAUACUAUGUCAAGGUGGAUGAUGAUGUCCAUGUUAAUCUGGGUAUGUUAGCUGCUACUCUUGCCCGGCAUCGUUCAAAACCCAGGGUGUACAUUGGAUGUAUGAAGUCUGGACCGGUUCUUUCUCAGAAGAAUGUCAAGUAUCAUGAACCAGAGUAUUGGAAAUUUGGAGAGGAAGGGAACAAAUAUUUCCGACAUGCAACUGGACAGAUAUACGCAAUCUCAAAGGAUCUUGCCACAUAUAUCUCCAUCAACCAGCCGCUAUUGCACAAGUAUGCUAAUGAAGAUGUGUCACUUGGAUCAUGGUUUAUUGGUCUUGAGGUAGAACACAUUGAUGACCGCAACAUGUGCUGUGGAACUCCACCAGAUUGUGAGUGGAAGGCACAGGCAGGCAAUGUAUGCAUUGCAUCUUUUGACUGGAGCUGCAGCGGAAUCUGCAAAUCUGUAGAGAAGAUCAAAUUUGUUCAUGAAAGAUGUGGUGAAGGGGAUGGAGCUGUAUGGAGUGCUCUCUUUUAGAUUACAUGGGAUGUUGUUACUUGGGCAAACAGACAUCCACAACCAUGUCUAUGGUGGUCUGCAAAAUGUUGAGAAGCAAUUAAGAGUGAAGAUGGAGAAAGCAUUACAUGUUCUUCACAAUUUUCCGUAUAUUUUCCUUGUUCAAAUUGUUGCAAGAAGCUUUGCAAGGAUUUAACGCAAGAACUUAUGCAAUGUUUACACGGAUGCUUUUCAUUCAAGAUACUAGUUGUUGCAUAGAGAUGGCUUUAAGAAGAAAGAGUGCCAAGAAUACAAUUGAAAAUACCCGAAUGCACAUCAUUAUACUUUUAGAUAGGGGGCGAGAAGGUUUUUUUCUAUCUCAUAUAUAUAUAUAUGUAAGGGAAAAUCAGAGUUGAAUGUAAUUUAUUAGAUUGAUACUCCACACAGGUUUGCUGUGUGGCUGUGUCAGCAGAUGUUAAACUGAUGUAAGCUCCUUUGAAUCAGGCAAUAGUUAUUGCAAAGUUUUGUAAUUUUUUGUCCA